UGUAAACAAUCUUACCUAUCUAUGACUAUAUAAAUAUGCAGGUACGGCGUUAUGCCUACGCCAUUCAAACACAUUUCUCAUUCUUUCUACAUCCAUUGUAAAGGAUAUACGAACAAAAACAACCUUUGACCGGUGUUUCUAUACCCAUUGUUCCUUCUAUUCUAUUUUAUUCUGUUCUGUUCUAUUGACAUCGAUCCAUUGAUCCUUUUUGAUUCUCCAGCUUGUUCAGGUUCUCCAUUAAAAACAAAAGGUAUUCAUUAAAAACAAAACGUAAAGAAAAAGAAAAAGUGUUGUCUUUGAAUUUUUAUCCGUAAAAAAUGUCUUCCUUGUCUCUUACAAAACCUCUUUCUGUCAUCCUUUUGGCUUUGGCUUUGUUCCAAGCCUGCGCUGCUUUAAAACUAUGUGGUUCCCCCGGUUACCCCGAAUGCAGCCGAGACGCUCUUGAAAAACGCUCGGCUAUGUUUCCCGACAUCAAUAGCAGAAUUGCCAACACUGCUUACUACAACAUCUCGGAAGGCACCUAUUGCCAUGUCUCUGGUUCUAACCUUUGUGUUUCUCCCCAAGUCAUUGCCAUCUGUGCCAACCACAGUACCGUCCUUUUGAACUGUCCCACCGUUCUUGGUUAUCCCAGCGACCAGGGUGCCUCCUGCGUCUCCACAGACCCUUCUUAUGGUCUCACUCGUGGUCUUUGCCAAAUUGGUGCCUCGAACUUUUCCGGAACUACUAACUCUUCCAAUUUUGACGCCAAGUCUUCUUCCGCUACCAACAAAAACACCAGAAAGAGUGCAUUCCCCAAACUCUCUUUGAGCUACUCCAACAUCGUCGAAAAGCCUCUUGUCUUCGCUCGCGAUUCUCUUGAUCAAUGGGCUUGCAACAAAACUUACUGCAACGAAGACUAUCCCUAUCUCGUCAAUACUUGCUUCAACGGUACCCAAUACCCAGUCAAUUGCAACAAUGCUUUGCGCACUCCUUUUGGCGGUGCUACUUGCCAAAAUAUCGGUUACCAAAACCAAGGUAUUUGUGUUUACACAAACAAAACUCGUUCACCCCUUCCCAUGUUGAAUAACAGCAACUCUUCUUCUUCCUUUAUUAACUUAAACAAGACCUCUCUCUACCGUUACCGCAAUGAUGCCUUCAUCUGGUAAAUCCUAUUCUAUUCUAUCUUAUUUUAUUCUACUUCUUUUUUGCCCUGGUAAUUGAUUUGUGAUACCCUUACUUUCUUCUCUCUCUCUCUCUCUCUGCCACCCUCUUUUUCUCUUUCAUUCCUCACUUCGCAUAUAUCUUUUCCUUCCCGCGGCAUUAUUAUCUUUGGUUUAUUAGCCAUCUCACGUUUCUUAUGAUGAAUGAUCAGCUUCACGUUUGAAAUUGGUUUUGUUCUUGGCUUUUGUCUGUUUUCUUUUCUUUUUGGGCAUACUUAACUCGUUUUGUGGUACAAUUUAUUAUUAUUAUUAUUAUUAUUUUCUUUUUUUUUUCUUUUUUACCAUGCAAAAAGAAGCUUUAUUUGCAUUUCUGAGAAAACUUGGGUUAGCAAAAGACUUCUCCUAUCCAUAUAUUUACAUUACUAUUUUUUUUUAUGCAUCUAAAAUAUGUUUAAAAGUUGUUGGUUGUUUAUUUAAUAAUUAUCCUUCCA